GCAGUAAAACUGUGCGUUUUGGAUGAUGGUAGUUCCUGGAAGCGCCCCAGUCAUACAGCAGGACCAUGCCCUGGAGCCCGGCUUAGGACAAGACACGACAGCAAAUUCUGCCAUGGGCCCCGACACAGAAGCGCCGGCUGAUGAGGCUGGCCCAGAACUGGAGGAGGUGAGGAAGCUGCAGGAGCUUGUGAGGAGGCUUGAGAUCCAGAAUCAGCACUUGAGGACCAGGAGCCGCAGGAGUGUGCUUGGGACCAGUGUGCCAAGCGAGAUCCGCGCUGCCGUGGAUAACCAUGACUCUGGCCUUAAUGGGAUGGAAAUUAAUAACAGCAUCAAUACUAUGGCGGAGAGGCAAGAAUUGCAAAUAAUGGCAGAUCUGCAGAACAAACUAAGCAAAAUAAGAAAGGAGGAGGGAGAGAACAAUUGCUUAAAAAAGGACAUGGAUGCUCAACUCAAGUAUAGUCGUAACAGUGCUAUUGAGGAACUCUCUUCUAAUACAUAUAAAGCAGAAAUGAAGACUGAUGAUAAUUCUAGAUGUUCUUUACAUACGGAUACAAGUAAUAGCACAGAGUUGGCGGGAAAUCUGGUCAUUGCAGGUCUGGACUCCUCGGUUAAAGUAAACAAACAAAAUCCAAAUGGUAAAUGUGGAGAUCUUGAAAACUUUUUGAAUAACACAGCUCUGGAUGAAGUGAAAGUGUUAGAACUGGAAAAUUGCAAUGAAGAAGAAGAUAGCUGGCUGUACGUGUCUCCAAGAAAAUCGUCCGGAGAGCAGAAAACGGGCUCCCCUUUAAAGUGGUGCCGGCAGGUGCUGGACAAUCCCAGUCCGGAGACGGAAGCCGCCUGCCGAACGCUGAUCAACCGGCUCGACCAAG